GCCAAACGUGUGUAUUAUUGUAGCCUAUAAUCAAACAAACACGCUUUCACAUCAAGUUAUUGUGUUUUACAUAGCAAUAUUGUAGAAAUGUAAGCACAUUUCAUUGCAGUUUAUCACAUUCUGAGUUUAACAAGUACAAAUGCUGUCAUUAUAUGAACAUCACGAAUUUAAUUGAGUGCUGACUAGAAUUUAUUGACCAGUGACACCAUUUGCGCUCGCGUUGGAACAGACCACAGAGCAGAGGCCAAGCGACUGGGUGCCUGUUUUGUGGGUCGUUGUCGCUUUAAGGAAAUGCACUUGCAGCCAUUUUCUGGUCUUUGUGUGGGGUGGAUUAGCGGAGAGGCAGUGAGCGAAACGAGAGCAUCAAUUGAGAGAACGGCGAGAGAAAAACGUACCCGUUCAUCGUUUUUCUCCCCGUGGAGUGCCCCACUCUACGUCCGUUGGUUUCCAAACGGACAUGCAAGUUGCAGACUGGGCUGCCUUGUGAGUGAACCCGCGUUGCCAUGACUACCCACGUGACCUUGGAGGAUGCUCUGUCCAAUGUGGACCUGCUGGAGGAGCUGCCCCUCCCCGACCAGCAGCCAUGCAUCGAACCCCCGCCCUCCUCCAUCAUGUACCAGGCUAACUUUGACACCAACUUUGAAGACAGGAAUGCGUUUGUCACUGGGAUCGCCCGCUACAUCGAACAGGCCACAGUCCACUCCAGCAUGAAUGAGAUGCUGGAGGAGGGCCAUGAGUAUGCUGUCAUGCUGUACACCUGGAGGAGCUGUUCCAGAGCCAUUCCCCAGGUGAAGUGCAAUGAGCAGCCCAACAGAGUGGAGAUCUACGAGAAGACGGUGGAGGUUUUGGAGCCAGAGGUCACCAAGCUCAUGAAGUUCAUGUACUUCCAGAGGAAAGCCAUCGAGCGCUUCUGUAGCGAGGUGAAGCGUCUGUGCCACGCGGAGCGGCGUAAGGACUUUGUGUCGGAGGCCUACCUGCUGACGCUGGGCAAGUUCAUCAACAUGUUCGCCGUGCUGGACGAGCUCAAGAACAUGAAGUGCAGUGUCAAGAACGACCACUCUGCCUACAAACGAGCUGCCCAGUUCCUCAGAAAAAUGGCCGACCCACAGUCCAUUCAGGAGUCCCAGAACCUCUCCAUGUUCCUGGCAAACCACAACAGGAUCACACAGUGUCUGCACCAGCAGCUGGAGGUGAUCCCUGGCUAUGAGGAGCUGCUGGCCGACAUCGUCAACAUCUGCGUGGACUACUACGAGAAUAAAAUGUACCUGACGCCCAGCGAGAAACACAUGCUCCUCAAGGUGAUGGGCUUUGGUCUCUAUUUGAUGGACGGGAAUGUGAGCAACAUCUACAAGCUGGACGCAAAGAAGAGAAUAAACCUGGGAAAAAUUGACAAGUUUUUUAAGCUACAGGUGGUCCCCCUGUUUGGAGACAUGCAAAUCGAACUGUCGCGCUACAUCGAGACCAGCGCCCACUAUGAGGAGAACAAAUCCAAGUGGACGUGCACCCAGAGUGCCAUCAGCCCGCAGUACAACCUGUGCGAGCAGAUGGGCCAGAUCCGGGACGACCACAUCCGCUUCAUCUCGGAGCUGGCGCGCUACAGCAACAGCGAGGUUGUGACGGGCUCGGGCCUGGACAGCCAGAAGUCGGACGAGGAGUACCGCGAGCUGUUCGACCUGGCGCUGCGCGGCCUGCAGCUGCUCUCCAAGUGGAGCACACACGUCAUGGAAGUGUACUCCUGGAAGCUGGUGCACCCCACGGACAAGUUCUGCAACAAGGACUGUCCCGGCACGGCGGAGGAGUACGAGCGGGCCACGCGCUACAACUACACCAGCGAGGAGAAGUUCGCCAUGGUGGAGGUGAUCGCCAUGAUCAAGGGGCUGCAGGUGCUGAUGGGCCGCAUGGAGAGCGUCUUCAACCAGGCCAUACGCAACACCAUCUACGCCGCGCUGCAGGACUUUGCCCAGAUGACGCUGCGCGAGCCGCUGAGGCAGGCCGUGCGCAAGAAGAAGAACGUGCUCAUCAGCGUUCUCCAGGCUAUCCGGAAAACAGUAUGUGACUGGGAGGGGGCGAGGGAGCCCCCCAACGACCCCUGCCUGAGGGGGGAGAAGGAUCCGAAGGGGGGCUUCGACAUCAAGGUCCCUCGCAGGGCCGUCGGACCAUCAAGCACACAGCUGUACAUGGUGCGGACCAUGCUGGAGUCUCUCAUCGCGGACAAGAGUGGCUCCAAGAAGACCCUGAGGAGCAGCCUGGACGGCCCCAUCGUGCAGGCCAUAGAGGACUUCCACAAGCACUCCUUCUUCUACACACACCUGCUCAACUUCAGCGAGGCCCUGCAGCAGUGUUGCGACCUCUCCCAGCUGUGGUUCCGGGAGUUCUUCCUGGAGUUGACCAUGGGCCGCCGCAUCCAGUUCCCCAUCGAGAUGUCCAUGCCCUGGAUCCUCACCGACCACAUUCUGGAGACCAAGGAGCCCUCCAUGAUGGAGUAUGUGCUGUAUCCUCUGGACUUGUACAAUGACAGCGGCUACUACGCACUCACCAAGUUCAAGAAACAGUUCCUGUACGAUGAGAUUGAGGCAGAGGUCAAUCUGUGUUUUGACCAGUUUGUUUACAAGUUGGCAGAUCAGAUAUUUGCAUACUACAAAGCAAUGGCUGGGAGUGUUCUUCUGGACAAGCGUUUUAGGGCGGAGUGUAAGAACUAUGGCGUGAUCAUUCCUUAUCCUCCCUCAAACCGCUACGAGACACUGCUGAAGCAAAGACAUGUACAGCUGCUGGGCCGCUCCAUCGACCUGAAUCGGCUGAUCACGCAGCGCAUCUCGGCGGCCAUGUACAAGUCUCUGGACCAUGCCAUCAGCCGCUUCGAGAGUGAAGACCUCACCUCUGUAGUGGAGCUGGACUGGCUGCUGGAGGUGAACCGCUUGACCCACCGGCUGCUGUCAAAGCACAUGACGCUGGACAGCUUCGACGCCAUGUUCCGCGAGGCCAACCACAACGUCUCCGCCCCCUACGGCCGCAUCACACUGCAUGUCUUCUGGGAGCUCAACUUCGACUUCCUGCCCAACUACUGCUACAACGGUUCCACUAACCGGUUUGUCCGGACAGCUAUCCCCUUUACACAGGAGCCUCAGCGGGACAAGCCAGCCAACGUGCAGCCUUACUACCUGUACGGCUCUAAGCCUCUCAACAUCGCCUACUCCCAUAUCUACAGCUCAUACAGGAACUUUGUGGGGCCGCCCCACUUCAAGACAAUCUGUCGUCUCCUAGGUUACCAGGGCAUCGCCGUGGUGAUGGAAGAGCUGCUGAAGAUUGUCAAAAGCUUACUGCAGGGCACCAUCCUCCAGUACGUGAAGACCCUAAUCGAGGUGAUGCCCAAGAUCUGCCGCUUGCCACGCCAUGAGUAUGGCUCUCCGGGUAUCCUGGAGUUCUUUCACCACCAGCUGAAGGACAUUAUCGAGUAUGCAGAGCUCAAGACGGACGUCUUCCAGAGCCUGAGGGAGGUGGGCAACGCCAUCCUCUUCUGUUUGCUCAUCGAACAGGCUCUGUCACAGGAGGAAGUGUGUGACCUCCUUCAUGCUGCCCCAUUCCAGAACAUUCUCCCCAGGGUCUACAUCAAAGAGGGAGAGCGUCUGGAGGUGAGGAUGAAGAGGCUGGAGGCCAAGUAUGCCCCCCUCCACCUGGUGCCCCUCAUCGAGAGACUGGGGACCCCACAGCAAAUCGCCAUAGCGCGGGAGGGAGACUUGUUGACCAAGGAGCGGCUGUGCUGCGGGCUCUCCAUGUUCGAGGUGAUCCUGACGCGCAUCCGCAGCUUCCUGCAGGACGGCGUGUGGCGCGGCCCGCCCCCCACCAACGGCGUCAUGCACGUGGACGAGUGCAUGGAGUUCCACCGCCUCUGGAGCGCCAUGCAGUUCGUGUACUGCAUCCCCGUGGGCACGCACGAGUUCACCGCAGAACAGUGCUUUGGGGAUGGCUUGAAUUGGGCCGGCUGUGCAAUCAUUGUGUUGCUGGGACAACAGCGUCGCUUUGACCUCUUCGAUUUCUGCUACCACCUGCUCAAAGUCCAGCGGCAAGACGGCAAAGACGAAAUCAUCAAAAAUGUGCCCUUGAAGAAAAUGGCCGACCGCAUCAGGAAGUACCAGAUCCUCAACAACGAGAUCUUUGCCAUCCUCAACAAGUACAUGAAGGCGGUGGAGACGGACAGUUCCACGGUAGAGCAUGUGCGCUGUUUCCAGCCUCCCAUACACCAGUCCCUGGCCACCACUUGUUGAAAAUGAAUACCCACCCAGCCAUCCACCCAGCCACCACCAGGCAAAAACUGCCAUCACCACCACCACCACCACCACCCUGUAUCCCUUGUGCUUCAAUACCACCACCACCACCAUAUACUGCACCACGCAUCCAUCAUCUUGUCCCUGACGAAACACCGCUUACCAAAUUUACACAUGCACUCACGCACCCACGUACACGCAUAUACAGUACAUACAGUACAUUGAGUUCAGAAAUCUUGUAUACCAACCACGUACCCACAUACCCUGUUGCGCAUAAGUCCCAGACGACGGACACUUACCUCCAGACUUUUCUCUUAACCACACUUGCAGGCUGGUCUGUGGUGAUGGUUGCCCUUUCUUUUGUCUUUUGGCAAUUUAAACUCAAUGUCGACACAACGUUUCAGUGCCCAGUUGAAACACCACACGCCAUACCCCACGUCCCCCCAGCACAACUUAAACUGUUGUAAAAUUGAGCCAGUUUGGAAAGUUAUAACACAAAACUAGAAACAAAGGGAGAGCUCAUGCAGCAUGAAAUUGAUUAACUGAUUUUGAAAUCGUUUCAUGCUACAAAUACCGUACUAAAAAAAUCUUAAUUCUCUAUUAUUCAGAAUGAAGUCAAACUAUUUUUUUCUUCUUGCUUUUAAUUCUUGACAUAUAAAAAUGUGUGGUGACAAAGAAAAAGAGUUCCUGAGUUUGCAUCAUAAAGACUUUGUUAAUUUCUCUAGUUUAUUUCUAAUAUCCCCCGUUAUGAGCUGCGUUCAGCAAGACAAAACAGAGGUCCAAGUGGCCUUGUUUCUCUGAUAACAUUUCAUUUUCCCACUUUUAACUUGUCCUGACUCCUACAUCCGAAGCACUCAUUUGCCAUAGAUUAUAUAAAUAAAUAAAUAAUUUUUGGUUUCAAUAAUUUGGACUUUGAAGUAAUAUUCUCAGUGUCUAUGUGUAUGAACCCAUUGCCGAACCCUUCACUGUGGAGUGUUUGAAAAGAAAAAAAAAGAAGUACCACAGCCUUCUGAAUUUUACUAUUUAUUUGACCUGUAUACUUUUUUAGGCGAUUACGCCAUUUUAUUAAUGCCUGUGUUCCAUUGUAAUUUGUUUGGAGUUUAAACUAAAACAAGAGUACAGAGUGUGGUAAUUGUUAUUCAUUUUUUGUUAUUCAUCCCAUCCCCACACAGCCAUCAUACUUGCCUUCUAUACUGCUCAGCUGAGUUGAUAACAUGAGUUAAUUUAGUUUUUUUUUAAGCCAACCCUGUGAAGCCUGUUUGUUUGGUUUUUACUUUUUUAAAUAUACAUACCGGUACCCCUCUCCCACAUACCUACUAUGAAGAGAGCAGUGCUGUUUAAAAAGAGAAAGCUGUGCAGGGCAGCACUGUGUGAUGGUUCCCCCCCUUAAAGGGAAGUCUUUAUGAAAUACCUCUAUUUGUGCUGCCUGUGCAAAAAUUCCAUGUUGUUCGCCUAUUGCCAAGUGAACAGCAUGCCGGUCGGUCAUUUACCAACAGCAGAUGUGGCUAGAGCAUAGCCUGUAACCAACCAACCAACUGAUUUGAACUACUGAAAGAGAUGAAACAUGACAGAAGUUGAGUUGGAUGUUCAGGGUUGAUGCUUGAAUGCCUUUACUAGCUAAGGGACGAAUGAUGAAUGGAGGGGGUGUGAAGAUCUCAGUAUUCACCUUUCUGAUCUCAUCGAUUUAGCAGUGUUAGAAACAAAAUGCAACUUCUUAUUAUUUUUCAUUCAUAUGAAGGAAGCGUUUAAGAGAGACUGUCUGGUACGGCAGCUGUCAAUGUAAAUCAGUACCUGUUAGUUCACUUAACUCAUGCAUCCAAAUGUAAUAACUUUUUUUUGUUUUCUUUCUUGUUUUGGAUUUUGUUCUACUACUUUCUUUUGUUUGGGUACAGUAUUUGUUUUGAGUAAUUGGUCCUUUUACAGUGCUAUAUUUAUGCAUACAGUUACACUCUACCAUUCCUUGAAGGGGUGAAUCUGUUGAUUUAAAAAAAGAAAGAAUAAUAAAUAAAUGAAGUGGAAAAUGAAGCUUUGUUUUCAGAUUAAAAUCCCCUUAGCAUGACCAGUGUAAUUUAUCGUCAUCAUGAGGCUCUUUGUGAAAUGAGGUUUUGUUCAUGAUGUUGUUGUACGAGUGAUCAUGUUUUGAAAUACAAAAAUACAGUGAAAAAAAGAAUAAUAAUAAUAAUGCAAAUGUACAACAAAUGGUCCUGCGAAGGAAGUGAUAUUGUUGUAUUUCCAUGAAAUAAAAAAAAAAGAUC